UCGACCAUCGCUACAUCUUUUUUGAACACUUGAAUGUUACUUCGCAAACCUUACGUUUCAGGAAUCCUCAUUCAACCAGCUGGGAUCUCUUUUUUAUUUUAUAGAUACUCACCAUCCUUUGACACUUCAAUGGAUUUAGAUGAUGCCGUUGCAGGCAAAGCAACAUCGUGGACGUAUCCAGCUGUAGGUUGUGCCUCCGGUUCGAGCAGCGGUCCCACAUGUUCCCCAAAACCGGCAAGAUGGAACACGUGUCGCUGAGCAGCACCAUUCGGGCGGUGAUGAAGGUGUCGCUGACGAUGGAUGAUUUUCUGACGGAAAUUUGCGAACGCUGCCUGGUGAAGGUGGAUGUCCUGAAGUCUUGGGCCCGGGAGACCCUACAGCAGGAGAUGGACUUCAGAGAGCUGAUGACGUUCGCGCGGCAGGAAUGUGAAUCGGCCGUGAUGGAAAUGAAAGUUGAGGCCGUGCUGGUGGAGACGAAGGAAGAGAUUCCAGACGAAGUGAUGCCGGGACAUGGAUCGAGAGAGGUUAGUCCGGCUGUUGACGGAGGGGAACCUGACGAAACGGUAAAUGAAGAGAUCGCUGAUAGGAAAGAAGUAAAACAUGAGUCCAAAAAUGAUUCAAUAAUAGAGAUUGAAUCGUCUAGCGAAGAAGACGAUGUGCCACUGUCGAAGCUUCGUAAGAAAUGUAGGAAGAGGGUUAUCAAAACUGUUCCAAAGGUUAAGAAAGUACGCCAAAGAAAGCAGACGUUCCCAAAAGAAAUAACCCAAAAGAAGAAACGAGGUCGUAAACCUGGAUCACCGAAACCACUUAGACAGGAAUACUUGCGGGAUAUUCUAGCUAGGAAGUGCUACAUUUGCAAUACAUCUAUGGAUGACAUCGACGGGCUGGUGGCACAUCUAACGGAAACGCACGCCGGCAAAAUUGAUUACAAAUGUGACGAAUGUAACAAGACAUUCGGAAAGGUUACAAUCUACAAUCGACAUCUCAGUUGUCACGACAUAACGGUUCGUCCGAGGAAAUGUGCUUUCUGUACGCUAUGUUUCAGCGCCAAAGAGAGUCUUAAAAUUCACGAGAACAAAGUUCAUGGGGCGGAUCACCCCUUGCCGAAGCGAUACAAGCGCCGAACGAAGAUCUUCCAGUGCGAACAAUGUGGAAAAAUCUUCCUGAACGAUGCGUUGCUCAAGCAGCAUGACCUGUAUCAACAUAAGAAGCUACCGGCAGCAACCUGCAAACUUUGUGGCAAGACGUUCGCCACCAAAGCCAACCUGGAGAAACACUACAUUGUCCAUUCCAACGAACGACCCUACAAGUGCGACAAAUGUUCCGCGGCCUACAAAACGUCCACCGCCCUGACUAAGCACUCGCUUCUGCACGACAAUCUCCUGCCGUACGAGUGCCGCUACUGCGAGGAACGCUUCCUCACCCAGGGCCAAUACGCGAAGCACCGAGUACUGAACCACAACACCCAAAUGGGCAAAUUCGCCGAGCGGAACGUUAUCUCCCGAUCGUUACCAUGUGCCCUCUGCUCCGAAGUCUUCUCCCGAUCCAGUGACCUGCAGAAGCACAUCAACGAAGGCCACCCGGAUGUCCCUUACCCGUAUCUAACCUGUCCGGAGUGUCCCGAGCAGUUCCUGCAAGAGCAACAGCUCAUCACCCAUCGCAACGUCCACACGGAUCUCUUCGUGUGCACCAUCUGCAAUAAACACAACUCUUCCGCGGCGCAGCUCCGAGAUCACAUGGAGGCGCACGUCCCGUCGCAACCGUGGCAGUGCAACAUCUGCCUAAAACGAUUCAGUCUGCAGUCGAACUUUUCGCGUCACCGGCUAAUCCAUCAGGACGAUAAGCGCUUCAAGUGCGAGUUCUGCGGCAAGGGUUUCUCGCAGAAGGGCCAGCUGAUGAACCACCGGCGGACGCACACCGGAGAACGGCCGUUUACUUGCCCGGUGUGUGGCCGCAGCUUUGGAGAUCAACCGACGUACUACAAACAUAGGAAACGCUGCAUGGAGAAGGAUGGUCCUUCGGGGGAAAUCCAGGACGAACAAGACGCUUGUGAGUAUUGAACGUAGCUUUGGUUAAAAUGAUUGUGGCAAAGAAAUAGACAUAUGUAUGGGAAUUCAA